GGAGUCUCCGGUGCGUUGAACUCUCUCCACGAGAGCGCGCCGCGGAAACAAUCGUUUAGUGAAGCACGCUGUUUUAUUUUCUCUUUACAGUUUCUGUUUCUCACUGUCUAUCUUUUUCUCUGACAGCCACAUCCAAACAUUAGACAGUAUGGGACUCUAAAUAUAUUUUCUCACCUUGUGGAUAUUGGGGGAUUUCUGCGCUUAUAAAAUAGAAGACAUAGAAUGGGAUUUUAGUGUGCUUAUGAUGCAGCAGGCGAUAUGACUUGCUCCGUGGGUUCCGUGGAUUCUCCCCGCAGGCGAAGAUCCGGAGAAUGAUGGACGAGAAUAAGCAGCUCGCACAGCGGAUCGAUGGCGCGAUCCAGUGCGCGAAGCAGGAGGUGGCGAACCUGCGAGCGGAGUUGACAGCCACCGGCCACAGACUGGCGGAACUCGGCGAGCUGGAAGAACCGGGCGAACCGCAGGAACAUCAGCAGCAACAACAACAGAACCAUCACGAUGCACCGGUCCAAAGACAGAAAGCUUUGACAGAGCUUGGUCAAAAAGGUGACGCUGUUCUUCAGGAGACGUCAUUAGAUAAAGUGCUGUUGCAUGAGGAGGUGGUGCGUCUGCAGGAGGAGGUGUCAGUGCUUAAGCAGGUCAGGGAGAUGUUGAAUCGUGAGCUGGAGGAGACAGGAGGAGGCUGCUCCGUGGAGCUGCUGUCUGUCUCACAGCUCCGUGUGCAGCUGACACAGAAAGAGCAGGAUCUGGACAGAGCAAAGGAGGCAUUACAAGCAAUGAAGGCAGACAGAAAGCGUUUGAGGUUGGAGAGAACUGAUCUGGUGAAUCAGAUGCAGCAGCUCUACACAACACUGGAGAGCCGUGAGGAGCAGCUACGAGACUUCAUACGCAACUAUGAGCAACACCGAAAAGAGAGUGAGGAUGCUGUGAGAGUCUUGGCAAGGGAAAAAGAUCUGUUAGAGCGGGAGAAGUGGGACCUACGGCGACAAACCAAAGAGGCCACCGAACAUGCAAGUGCACUCCGAUCUGCAUUGGACCUGAGAGAGAACAGGAUCAAGGAGCUGGAGGCUGAACUAACUAUGAUGAGUAACUUUAUGGCUCAAAAGCUAGAGAGUCGCGUGUUUGUUCGAUCUCCAGAAAGACCAGCCUCACCUAAAACAGUGUCGGCUAAACAGUCUUUGGCUACUCUCACUAAGGAUGUUCCUAAGCGACACUCGCUGGCCAUGCCCACAGAGACUGUCGUCAACGGCAACCAAGAGUGGGCGAUGCAUGCAGAGCUUCCUCUGACUGCAGCGAUACGCCAGAGUCAACAAAACCUUUACCACUCAAUGGACAGACAGGUACUGAAGGGAUCACCGUGCGUGUGCGACGCUGAUGGCAUCAGCAUGAUGUCAUCAGCUGCAGCCAGGAUCAGCCCAUGUCACUCUAAACAGCCGUCAGUCAUCUCAGACGCCUCAGUGAUGGAGGGCGAGAGAUCCUCAACGCCAUCAGAUUCACCACGGCACAGAACACACUCCCUCUGCAAUUCUCUAGAGGAUCUAGAGGAGCAGAGGCGCAGAAAGAAGAAAGAGAGGAUGGGCCUGGGCUCUCUGUCUAGGGUGUUCGGUCGAGGAAAGCAAAGAAAGUCUCUGGACCCUACUCUGUUUGAUGACUCCGACAGUUUGUCAAGCCCCGCCCGCCUCAGUGUGAGCCUAUCAGAAUGCGAGGAGCAUCUGGAUCGGCUUCAGCAGGUGGAGCUUGCCCGGACGGCCCCCAUGUCUCGCUGGCGUGCUGGAACCGUGCAGGCGUGGCUGGAGGUGAUCAUGGCCAUGCCGAUGUACAUACGGGCCUGUGCAGACAAUGUUAAAAGUGGGAAGGUCUUGUUAGUUCUUACGGAUGAGGACCUGGAGGCUGUUUUAGGUAUCAGUAAUUCAAUGCACCGCAGGAAACUCCGUCUGGCCAUUGAAGACUACAGAGAUGCAGAAUCAGGACAUGGCCUUUCUAAAGCAGCUGAUCUGGAUCACCACUGGGUGGCUCAGGCCUGGCUGACUGAUGUGGGUCUCCCACAAUAUUCCCAGUUCUUCCACACUCACCUUGUGGACGGACGUCUCCUAAGUACGCUCGCACGAACCGACCUUGAGAAGCAUCUGCACGUGUCUAAAAAAGCCCACCAGAACAGCCUGCUGCUGGGAAUACAGCUGCUGCACACGCUCAACUUUGACAAAGAGAUUUUGCAGUCCAGGCGAUCAGAGUGUGAGAAUCACAACACAGACCCUGUAGUGUGGACCUGUCAUCGCAUCAUCAAAUGGAUCAAAGAGAUUGAUCUGAAGGAGUUUGCUGACAAUCUUCAGAACAGCGGGGUUCAUGGUGCUGUCAUGGUGCUGGAUCCCUCCUUCAGCUCUGACACCAUGGCAGCGGCUUUAUGUAUUCCAAGCAACAAGCACAUGGUCCGUCAUCACCUGAGUGAAGAGGUGAAGGCACUUGUCAGUGCAGCCAGGGCAGGGUUUGAUCAGGAAGUUGAACCUUUGGGGACUCCGCCCACACUUCACCGGCAAAGUUCUCUAAGCAGCUCAUCACCCAGUUGUCAUGAAGAUCAGCAGUCUUUAAGAAGGGUGAAGCAGCAGCUUGGUCUCAGCCCAAAGAAUUUCACUGGACGGAAGAUCAGUCACCAGAACAGGUCCGGGUCGUUUCCAAGGAAUGGUCUUCAGGAGGUCUCACUACAGCGUGAACGUUGCCCAGUCCGACACUUUUCUGCUGCUGAGCUCACCAAUGUCUGAAUCGUUCUCCUGUCAAGAGCACUGUUGAAAAACAUGACACUUUCUCAAAGCUCCCAAAUGGGGGGGAUUUUCUUUUCAUUUUCAAAAUGAAAUUUCAAUGAAAGUUCACAUUUUCAGACAUUAGACUCUUAGUUUGCCAGUAGGGGUCUUGACAUUGCUUUGUAGACCUAUGUUGUUGUGUAUGACUGUGGACUCAUUUGUCUCAAAGUGAGACAACGUUAAGAAUCCAUUGGAAAGGGCACAUACACUAAACAUUUAUUUAUCUGUUUAGAUGUUUGAUGAAAUUAUAGGUGCGUUUAAGGAAUGGGUCAUGACAGUUGCAGAGUGAACCUUGACAAAUAUAAUUCCACAGUUAAAAUUGUGUUGAAGUUGGAUUCUUUCCUCAAUAAAAUGAAUAUUUUGACAUUUAAUGGGUACAUUUUAGAAAACGGACUCCGAUGACAUUAGUUUUAGUAUCACAAAAUAUUGUACAAAAUAAUGUAAAAUGUCAUGUUAUACAGUACAUCAAUAUUUAAAAUAAAUGAUUAUUUGAAUUUCA